UCGAGUGUCGACGGUUGCAAUGUGGGAUAAUAUCCCCGUCUGCCGGCUUAAAGCCUCGAACCCCCAGCCACUUGUCAACCCAGCAUUCACCCUGAUUAACCCUCCUCCUACAUCACCAUGGGGCAGGCGUAGGGGGCCGUCGGGGCGGCGGAUUCCUCCUUUUUGUACCAUGAACACUUCGCCGGAGGGCAAAAUUGUAAUUUUGUGCCGCAUCUCUCUGACGAUAAAAGUCCAUUCCGCUCGCUUUCUUUCUCGCACCGAGUGCGUCGCCACCCCCCUCGCCGUCCGUCUGCCAGGAGGACUGGACCCUCCGGGAAGAGGAGUAGAAGCACGAUUCGAUCUCACAGACGCGGCGGCCUCAAUGGCUUCGAUGGUUUCUCGGGUGGCGUUUCGGGCGGAGCCCUUCCGCUGCUUCCCUCAAGCCGGCGGCGGGCGGAGCGCCAGAUCUUCCAGGGCGCCGGUGGCCUCCACCGUACGCUGCGCCUCCACCAGGAUAGACGCUCCAAAAAAGCCCUUUACCCCUCGUGAGUUACAUGUUCAAGUUACUCAUUCCAUGCCACCCCAGAAUAUCGAGAUUUUCAAAUCAUUAGAGGAUUGGGCGGAGAACAACAUAUUGGUGCACCUGAAGCCUGUCGAGAAAUGUUGGCAACCACAAGAUUUUCUUCCAGAACCUUCAUCAGAGGGCUUCUAUGAGGAGGUUAAAGAGCUGAGAGAGCGCUCUAAGGAGAUUCCUGAUGAUUAUUUUGUUUGCUUGAUUGGAGAUAUGAUUACAGAAGAAGCUCUUCCCACGUACCAAACAAUGCUAAACACCCUUGAUGGCGUCAGAGAUGAAACCGGUGCAAGCCUUACUUCGUGGGCAGUCUGGACCAGAGCAUGGACUGCUGAAGAAAACAGACAUGGUGAUCUUCUUAACAAGUACCUAUACUUGUCUGGAAGAGUCGACAUGAAACAAAUUGAGAAGACGAUUCAAUAUCUUAUCGGUUCCGGAAUGGACCCCAGGACAGAGAACAACCCAUAUCUCGGUUUCAUCUAUACUUCAUUCCAGGAACGAGCGACGUUUAUAUCCCAUGGGAAUACUGCAAGGCUUGCUAAGGAGCAUGGGGAUCUCAAAUUGGCACAGAUAUGCGGAAUAAUUGCAUCCGACGAGAAACGCCACGAAACAGCAUACACUAAGAUAGUUGAGAAACUGUUUGAGAUAGAUCCAAAUGGUACUGUUCUUGCAUUUGCUGACAUGAUGAAGAAGAAGAUCUCUAUGCCUGCUCAUCUGAUGUACGAUGGCCACGACGCUAACCUCUUUGAGAACUUCUCAGCAGUAGCCCAGCAGCUGGGUGUCUACACUGCCAAGGACUACGCAGACAUCCUGGAGUUCCUUGUCACAAGGUGGAAAGUAGGCGAGUUGACAGGCCUCUCUGGUGAAGGGAACCAAGCCCAGGACUUUGUGUGUACUUUAGCUCCGAGGAUCAGAAGGCUCGAGGAGCGAGCGCAGGGAAGGGCCAAGAAAGCACCUGCCAUACCUUUCAGUUGGAUUUAUGGCAGAGAAAUCCAGCUAUAAAAUCAACAAGACAUUGUUGCCAUCAAACUAGCUAUGCAAGGAAAUCAUCCCGUCCUGUGAACGUAAGUUAAUGAGAAUCUAUCAUAUCGUCGAGUCCCAGUCCGCGCGUGCAUCGUCAUUGUACAUACUCUUCAAUCUGUCAGUAGUGCCAUCUUGUGUACAAGUGACUGUUCACAACCAAGUCAGUUAUCAGAGUUGGAAAAGCUUCGUUUAUUUGAUGUUUUCUUUUCUUUUCAACCUGUGAACAAGUGACUGUUUUAUUCAGUGCAAUAAUGGAUGCACGUGGGUUUAUGUUUUGUUAA